GUAGUGGCUGCAGGAGCAGUCGGCCUCGCUAGCCGGUGUGUGUGUGUGCGCGCUGCGAGGAGUUUAUAGCGAUUUUGCAAAUCCCAGUAGCAAUUUGAUUACUCUUCCUAUGGAUCAGUAAGUCAGGAUUAAAUGGAACUACCUCGUCUAACAGGAGCUUUGCGCUCCUUCUCAAAUGUCACCAGACAAGAUGAAUAUAUUGCAGAUUCUUCAGAGAUGAUGGCCAAAAGAUCAAAGAUGAAAGACUACUCUUGCAAGACAGAGUUGACCUGGAAAGAUAUAACCCAUUUAGUUGAGAAAGUGGCACAGAAUGAGCAUCAAAAUGUCAGUGAAAAUAUGAAAAAUCUCUUGAAGGCUGCCAGACAGCUUGUUGGCAUCGAACAUGAACAGGAGACUGUUGAAAGUGCUGCUGUUUUUCUCUUCAAAACUUUUCAUGAUAAGGACCAUGUUGGACAUGAAGAAACAAAAGCUGUUAAACAAAUGUUUGGGCCAUUCCCUUCUUCAGCUGCCACUACUGCCUGUAAUGCAGUGCAUAGAAUUGCCUCGAAUUUUAGUGAAGAAGAACUACAGAAAUUAGUUUGUGGAAAUGAAUCUGCAAGCCAACUUUCUCAAGUACACUUUGGUAAAAACAUUCACUUCUCAUUUGAUUCAUUUGCUUUGGAACCUUCGCAGGAAUUGCCCUUGAACUGGGAGUCAAACAGCCAAAAGGAUUUCAGUCUGGAUUACAAUAAGUAUUUAAAUAAUCAUCAAGGAGAUUUAAAAAAUGGAUCAAUUGACAGUCCAGAUCUGAAAUCUUCAAACAAAGUGGAUGGUUCAUUUUUAAGGCAAGCAGUUGAAAGCUAUAUUAUUGGAACCUUACAAGAGUCAUCAUAUAGACUAACGACAGAUGACUUGUGUGGAACAUUGUUUGAGAUGCUCGCAUCCACUAAAAGUGAUGAUGAACUUCAAAAUGAGUUGUUUGAGCUUCUUGGACCUGAAGGAUUGGAGCUAAUUGAGAAACUUCUGCAGCACAGGCGUACGAUUGUAGAAAAAACUCCCACUCACACGACAGACCUCAAGCUGAGUUUUCUUCAGGAUGCUUCAAAAAAAGGUGUGGGGGGAAAUGCACAGCCUAUUUAUGGCUGUCAAGUCACUGUUCAUUCUGAACAAGAAAAGCAAUUGUUAAAACAGUAUCGUAGAGAAGAAAAACGUCUAGCCAAGCGAGAGAAAAGAGAUGAAGGGGAAUUUUCAGAAGGACUUCAAUACUUUGAUCCAAAAGAGUUACGUUUACAAAGGGAGCAUGCUCUUCAGAACGCACGAAUAGCACCAAUUCUUACAAGGCAGCAUGAUUAUGAACGAAUCCACUACCCACAUGUUUAUGAUUCAAAAAGUGAAGCAAUGCAAUCCCCAGCUUUUAUUGCUGGUGCAAAGAUGUUUCUUCCAGAAGAUGUUGAGCGAGAGAAUAACAAAGUCUAUGAACAAGUUGUCAUUCCUGCCACACAGCCUAUGCCAAUUGGUAUUCAGGAGAAACCAGUUGAUAUCAAAGACUUGGAUGAGAUUGGACAGUUGGCUUUUAAAGGGAUGAAGCGACUGAACCGUAUCCAGUCAAUAGUAUUUGAGACAGCUUACAACACAAAUGAGAAUUUGCUGAUUUGUGCACCUACUGGAGCUGGAAAAACUAACAUUGCCAUGCUUACUGUUCUGCAUGAAAUCCGCCAGCAUAUUCAGCAAGGAGUUAUCAGAAAGGAUGAGUUCAAGAUUAUAUAUGUAGCUCCUAUGAAGGCCUUAGCUGCUGAGAUGACAAAUUACUUUAGCAAGCGUCUGGAACCGUUGGGUAUCCUGGUGAAGGAGCUUACUGGCGACAUGCAGUUGACCAAAGGAGAAAUAUUACGAACACAGAUGCUUGUGACAACACCAGAGAAAUGGGAUGUGGUAACACGCAAAAGUGUUGGUGAUGUUGCAUUGUCUCAGAUUGUCAGACUAUUAAUUUUAGAUGAAGUUCACUUAUUACAUGAAGAUAGAGGACCAGUUCUUGAAAGCUUGGUGGCACGAACACUACGGCAGGUUGAGUCCACCCAAAGUAUGAUCAGAAUUCUGGGUUUAUCAGCUACUUUGCCCAACUUCAUUGAUGUAGCCACAUUCCUCCAUGUAAAUCCAUCUAUUGGGCUUUUUUUCUUUGAUGGACGAUUUCGACCUGUGCCUCUAAAACAGACCUUCGUGGGAGUUAAAGCACCAAACAAGAUGCAGCAACUGCAUGAUAUGGAGGAAGUAUGUUACGAGAAGGUUCUGAUGCAACUGAAGGAAGGACACCAGGUGAUGGUGUUUGUGCAUGCAAGAAAUUCAACUGUACGAACAGCCAUGGCUCUUCAAGAGAUGGCAAAAAACCAGGGUGAUAUCAUGCACUUCAUGCCAAACCAAAGUGCGGACUAUGGCUCUGCUGAAAAACAGAUUCAGAAAUCCAGGAACAAACAGCUGCGUGAGUUGUUCCCAGAUGGAUUUGGCAUUCACCAUGCUGGAAUGUUACGUCAAGACCGGAAUUUGGUUGAAAACUGCUUUUCACGUGGGCACAUAAAAGUGUUGGUUUGCACAGCUACCUUGGCCUGGGGUGUCAAUCUUCCUGCACAUGCUGUCAUCAUCAAGGGCACUCAAAUAUAUGAUGCAAAGAGGGGCUCCUUUGUUGACCUAGGAAUUUUAGAUGUGAUGCAGAUUUUUGGCAGAGCUGGACGACCACAGUUUGACAAAUAUGGUGAAAGCACAAUUAUCACUGCUCAUGAUAAACUAAGUCAUUACUUAACUCUACUGACUCAGCAGAACCCAAUUGAAAGCCAGUUUCUGGAUCGUCUGGCGGACAAUCUGAAUGCAGAGAUAGCCUUGGGAACGGUAACUAAUGUCGAAGAAGCAGUGAAAUGGCUGAGCUACACCUACCUUUAUGUGCGGACGAGGGCAAACCCAUUAGCCUAUGGGAUCAAUUACAAAGCUUACCAGAUGGACCCUGGAUUGGAAAAAUAUAGACAAGAGCUAGUCAUUGAAGCUGGCCGAAAACUAGACAAAGCCAUGAUGGUUCGUUUUGAAGAAAGGACUGGUUAUUUUUCAAUAACAGAUCUUGGUAGAACUGCCAGUCACUACUAUAUUCAAUACAAUACUAUUGAGACUUUCAACGAGCUGUUCAGUGCUCACAAGACUGAAGCAGACAUUUUUGCUCUUGUAUCUAAAGCUGAAGAAUUUGAGCAGAUCAAGGUAAGAGAGGAAGAAAUGGAGGAGCUUGAUCAGCUGCUAUGUAAUUACUGUGAGCUGUCUGUCGCAGGUGGAGCAGAGAACACCUAUGGGAAAGUGAACAUUCUUCUCCAAACCUACAUAGGCCAUGGAGAGUUGGAUAGCUUUUCACUCAUUUCUGACACUGCUUAUGUUGCGCAGAAUGCAGCUCGUAUAGUACGAGCGCUUUUCGAAGUUGCCCUAAGAAGGCGAUGGCCUGCAAUGACGUACCGCCUGUUGAAUUUGUGCAAGAUCAUUGACAGGAGAUUAUGGGGAUGGUGCAAUCCACUACGCCAAUUCUCAGUUUUGCCAGGUCAUGUGCUUGCAAAAUUGGAGGAAAAGAAACUCACCAUUGAUAAGCUGAAGGACAUGCGCAAGGAUGAAAUAGGCCACAUGCUACAUCAUGUGAACAUUGGGUUAAAGGUGAAGCAGUGCGUCCAUGAAAUUCCUUCCGUAGCUAUGGAAGUGAGCAUACAGCCUAUCACACGCACUGUCCUUCGAGUCCGACUGACCAUCACUCCAGACUUUAAAUGGCAUGAUCAGACUCAUGGAUCUGUAGGUGAACCUUGGUGGAUUUGGGUGGAAGAUUCUGUGAAUGACCACAUAUAUCACUCAGAAUAUUUCCUCCUCCAAAAGAAGCAGGUUUUGUCCAAAGAACCACAGCUACUGGUAUUUACCAUUCCAAUUUUUGAGCCAUUGCCUUCUCAAUACUACAUCCGGGCUGUGUCUGAUCGGUGGUUGGGAGCAGAAGCCGUGUGCAUAAUAAACUUUCAGCAUCUGAUUUUGCCAGAGAGGCAUCCCCCUCACACUGAAUUGCUUGACCUGCAGCCAUUGCCCAUCAGUGCUCUGGGAAAUCGGGAGUAUGAAGCACUGUACAAGUUCACCCACUUCAACCCAAUCCAGACUCAGAUAUUUCACACCCUCUAUCACACUGACUGUAAUGUACUGCUUGGAGCUCCCACGGGAUCUGGAAAGACGGUCGCAGCUGAGCUGGCAAUAUUUCGUGUUUUCAACAAAUACCCAACAUCAAAGGCUGUUUACAUUGCUCCUCUCAAAGCACUUGUCCGUGAGCGAAUUGAGGAUUGGAAAAUCAGGAUUACUGAGAAGCUGGGUAAAAACGUAGUGGAACUGACUGGGGAUGUGACUCCAGACAUGAAAGCAAUUGCACAGGCCGACCUCAUUGUCACAACCCCUGAGAAAUGGGAUGGCAUCAGCAGAAGUUGGCAGAAUAGGAGCUAUGUCCAGAAGGUGUCAAUCAUCAUUAUAGAUGAAAUCCACUUACUAGGGGAUGAAAGAGGUCCUGUGCUGGAAGUAAUCGUGUCCAGAACUAAUUUCAUCUCAUCUCACACAGAAAGCCCUGUAAGGAUAGUGGGGCUGUCCACUGCACUGGCAAAUGCCAAGGACUUGGCUGACUGGUUAGGUAUCCAACAGAAUGGAUUGUUUAACUUUAGACCAUCUGUACGUCCAGUUCCUCUUGAAGUUCACAUUCAUGGCUUCCCAGGCCAGCAUUAUUGCCCUCGCAUGGCCAGAAUGAACAAGCCAACAUUCCAAGCAAUUCGGAGCCAUUCCCCAUCCAAGCCUGUGCUGAUCUUUGUGUCAUCCAGACGUCAGACUCGCCUCACAGCUUUGGAUUUGAUAGCAUUUCUAGCAGUAGAGGAUGACCCUAAACAGUGGCUGCACAUGGAUGAGCGAGAGAUGAGUGAUAUAAUUGAGAUGGUGAGAGAUUCCAAUCUAAAACUGACCUUAGCUUUUGGUAUUGGUCUACAUCAUGCUGGACUCCAUGAACGUGACCGGAAGCACGUGGAAGAACUCUUUGUGAACUGCAAAAUCCAGGUUCUUAUUGCCACAAGCACUUUAGCUUGGGGAGUGAACUUCCCUGCUCACUUAGUCAUUGUUAAGGGUACUGAGUACUAUGAUGGAAAAACACGACGUUAUGUGGACUUUGCCAUUACAGAUGUUCUGCAGAUGAUGGGGCGUGCAGGCAGGCCUCAGUUUGAUGACCAGGGCAAAGCUGUGAUAUUAGUCCAUGAUAUUAAAAAAGACUUCUACAAGAAGUUUCUGUAUGAACCCUUCCCUGUUGAAUCAAGUUUGUUGGAGGUGCUUUCCGAUCACAUGAAUGCUGAAAUUUCUGCUGGAACUGUCUCAUCCAAGCAAGAUGCCAUGGAUUACAUUACCUGGACCUACUUUUUUCGACGUCUUAUCAUGAAUCCCAGUUAUUACAAUUUAGAUGACAUUAACCAUGAGACCAUGAACAAAUAUCUUUCCAACCUCGUGGAGAAGUCACUUGCAGAUCUGGAAUGUUCCUAUUGUAUUUCAGUAGGGGAGGACAAUCGCAGCCUCCUUUCACUGGAUUUAGGCCGUAUAGCCUCUUAUUAUUACCUGAAACACCAAACUAUGAAAAUGUUCAGGAGCCAGAUGAAAGCAGAUUGUUGUUUGGAGGACUUGCUCUCUGUUCUAACGGAUGCUACAGAAUAUGCAGACCUUCCAGUGCGCCACAACGAAGACCAGCUGAAUAGUGAUCUGGCUAAGCAUCUUCCCAUUGAAGUAAACCCACAUUCAUUUGACAGUGCACACACUAAAGCCCACCUGCUGCUCCAAGCACAUUUUUGCCGAGCUGCCUUGCCGUGCCCUGAUUAUGCCACAGAUACGAAAUCUGUGCUGGACCAGGCCAUUCGAAUCUGUCAGGCUAUGCUGGAUGUGGCAGCGAACAGUGGCUGGCUCGUUACAGCACUGAACAUAAUCAACCUAAUUCAAAUGGUGAUUCAAGGCAGAUGGGUACACGAUUCCUCUCUGCUUACCCUGCCGAACAUUGAGCAACAACACCUCUAUCUCUUCAGGAAAUGGAACGGAGGCAAAAGGAAAAGCAGUUCCAAAGGUUAUAAGGGUCCUGUUGAAUGUCUUCCUGAAUUGAUAGCUGCAUGUGAAUGGAGGGAGGACAUAUUUCACUCCAUCUUCACUGAUGAACUACAGCCUGCACAGAUUUCCCAGGCUUGGAAUUUCCUGUCCCAUCUGCCAAUCAUUGAGGUUAAUAUGCGUAUCAAGGGCUGGUGGGAAAAUGCUCCAAAGGAGGAAAGUGAAAAAUCUCUGCCUAACGUGGGCACUUAUUUCCGAGAUGAGAAGAACUGGACACAGCUCCAUGCGGAUCAGGAAUACGUUCUCCAGAUCAAUCUACGCAAGAUUAGCCUGGUGCGCAGCAAGGGAAAGUAUGACAGCAAAGCCAUCACACCACGCUUCCCAAAGGCCAAGGACGAGGGCUGGUUUGUCAUCCUAGGGGAAGUGGACAAGAAGGAAUUAGUGGCUUUGAAACGAGUGGGAUACAUUCGAAAUCGAAGCAUGGUUUCUCUAGCUUUCUAUACCCCUGAGACCACUGGAAGGUGUAUCUACACUCUUUAUCUGAUGAAUGAUAGCUAUCUGGGAAUGGACCAGCAGUAUGAUAUUUAUUUGGACGUAAUACCAGCGAGCAUUGUUGCUCAGGUCAACACCGAGGUCUCUGAUGCCAUGAGUGACCUGACAGUGGCAUGACAUGACAGACUUAGUGUUGAACAACCCGGGAGCUGUGAUCUUACAGCACAAAUUGUGCUGGUGUGUCAGGGCGUACUGAAAUUACUUGAUAUUUGCCUUAGUAGAUGCAACUUCUAACCUCAGACUCGAAGGAAAUUACAAAUAGCAGCUGAGGUGACCUCUAGCAUGAUUCAUCUGUACAGCUUUGUGGCCUUAUGUAAAUUUGCAUUUUAGAUUAAAGCUACAGCCAGAUAAUUUGAGACUCUUUAUAUAGUCCACCAGGUGAAGAGCCGAAAGUUAUCCAUUAAGAAUCAUAACUUCCUUCUAUAUUACUUUAUGCAACUUACGCAUUUGUAUUUGUAGAAAAGUCAUUGGGCACUUUUAUUUUUUAGUGAAUUUUACUUUUAAUCAAAAUGGCAUUCACUCAAUGAAUACAAAGUUAUUUCUACAGCUGAUGUCAGUCGAUAUGAUUAUUUAGGCGAUAAAGAACUUAACCUACUUCUUUAUAACUAAUAAAGCAGGGACUUUUAUUUAGUUCCUGUAAUUUGUACUGGUGUAUUUAAAAGCUUGCUCUGUAUAGUGUAAAUUAUUUUGAAUGUAGCUCUCAACUCAUCAGUAAUAUCAGCAGGGCAAAAUGGACGCCUUUGCAAUCAGCACAAUUUUUUUUGUUAUGAAUUUAAAGUAUAUUUUUUUAAAAAAAAUCUCUAUCUGUAUGAUGGGAAAGUAAAUAAGGUAAUUUAAAGGCAAGUUGUGAUUGAAAAUUCAUUCCCGUAUCGACUGGGUGCAGAGGGUAUUCAUUUCCAUGGUAACAAGGAGGCUAAACUUGACACAUUCAUAACCAUGGGGUCAGGUUAUACCUAGUAACCUUUCUCUGCAGUGAGUGCUGCAACACUUCAUUUGUCAAUAUCAAUUUAGUUGUAUCUGUGAAAAUUAAGUUGUGCCAAAAAUACUUGCAUAGCACAUAGAAAGAUUUCAUAGUUACUGUAAAAAGGGAAAUCUGCAUUAAAUAUGAGUUUGCUAUGUUGGUUACAAAUGUACAAAACCAUUAAACUUUAUUGCAACACA